GUCUUCUGCGCUCAAGCGGUUUGGCGCCUUGGGUGGGAUGAGGGGCUCUGCCCUUCUGGCCGCCUAGAGCCCCAGACCGCUACUUGACCCUGCCCGGGAGGCUCCCGGACCCCGUGCGGGGCUGCGGUGGAGGCUCGCAGAUCCUCGGCUACAGGCGCGCAGCGGUCCGAAGCGUGGCUGGUCCCCGCUGCAGGGAGGCGGCGAGAGCAGAGCGGGACCUCUGCGCCCCGGCCGUGCGGUGAUGGAUUCCUCGCCACGCUUCAGCACGUGUCUUUCCUGGAAAAGAAUCGUGUGCAGCUUUUUCCUGCCAUUUAUUUUAUCAGGUCUUGCUCCUUCGAGAAAAUAUAAAGAGUAUCUUAUAUCUGGAGAAGUGCGGCCGCAGCUGCCACAGUACAGCAGGUUUAAUUGGUCUCAUCUGACCCCUCUUGAGCUGAAAAACCGAUCUAUGGGACUUCAGACUGAAAGCAUAGCUGGGAGUAACCCAUACUUCACACUGGGGGGGCACAAGUUCCUGAUCUUUGGGGGCUCCAUCCACUAUUUCCGAGUGCCCAGGGCUUACUGGAGGGACCGUCUCCUGAAGCUGAAGGCCUGUGGCUUCAACACUGUCACCACCUACGUUCCGUGGAACCUCCAUGAGCCACAAAGAGGCAAAUUUGACUUCUCUGGGAACCUGGAUCUGGAGGCCUUUGUGCUGAUGGCUGCGGAGAUCGGGCUGUGGGUGAUUCUGCGUCCAGGCCCCUACAUCUGCAGUGAGAUCGACCUUGGGGGCUUGCCCAGCUGGUUACUGCAGGACCCCAACUUGAGACUGAGAACAACCGACAAUGGCUUUGUUGAAGCAGUUAAUCAAUAUUUUGAUCAUCUUAUGGCCAGAGUGGUUCCUCUCCAGUACCACCAGGGAGGCCCCAUUAUUGCAGUGCAGGUGGAGAAUGAAUAUGGUUCGUUCAAUAAGGAUAAAGAUUACAUGCCGUAUCUUCAAAAGGCCCUGCUGAAAAGAGGGAUUGUGGAGCUGCUCUUGACCUCAGAUUCUGAGAAAGAAGUUCAAAGAGGCUCCAUAAAAGGAGUGCUGGCCACCCUCAAUAUGAACGCAUUUCAGGAAAAUGCUAUCAAGUCCCUUCAUAAGAUGCAGAGAAAUAAGCCCAUUAUGGUUAUGGAAUACUGGGUCGGCUGGUUUGACACAUGGGGGAGUGGUGAACACAAGGUUACAAAUGCGGACGAUGUUGAAAAAACUGUGUCUGAAUUUAUCAAAUUUGAGAUCUCCUUCAACAUCUAUAUGUUCCAUGGUGGAACCAACUUUGGUUUCAUAAACGGGGCCAUAAAUUUUGGGAGGCACACAGGUGUUGUCACUAGCUAUGACUAUGAUGCUGUACUGACAGAGGCCGGCGAUUACACAAACAAAUAUUUCAAGCUCCGAAAACUCUUUGGAUCCAUUUUAGCGUUUCCCCUACCCCCCUUACCUGAGAUCACUCUCAAGGCUGUGUAUCCUGCUGUGAGACCAUCCCUUUACUUGCCACUAUGGGAUGUAUUAAAGUACUUAAAUGAGCCAGUCAUAUCUAAUAAACCAGUCAACAUGGAGAAUCUUCCCAUAAACAAUGGGAACGGUCAGUCCUAUGGAUUCAUACUGUAUGAGACUCCCAUCUGCUCUGGAGGUGAGCUCUAUGCUGAUGUUCAAGAUACAGCACAGGUAGGGGACAGCAGCUUCUCCAUGGAGGUGUUUUUGAAUGAGACAAGUAUAGGAAUGCUGAAUGAUGAUAAUCAGAACUUGAACAUUCCUGAAGUCAGGGAAUGUCAACUUCUAAGGGUCCUGGUGGAGAAUCAAGGACGAGUCAAUUUUUCAUGGAAAAUUCAAGAUCAGCGGAAAGGAUUAAUUGGAUCUAUUACCAUCAAUAAUAUUCCCGUGGAGGGUUACACUAUCUAUUCUCUGGAAAUGAAAAUGAACUUCUUUGAGAGGCUCCGCUCUGCCACUUGGAGGCCUGUCCCAAAUAACUAUUUGGGCCCUGCCUUCUACCUUGGUACCUUGAAGGCUGGCUCUUCUCCCAAGGACACUUUCCUGAGACCACUGAACUGGAAUUAUGGAUUUGUGUUCAUCAAUGGACAUAACCUUGGGCGAUAUUGGUGCAUUGGACCACAGGAAACACUUUAUCUUCCUGGUGCCUGGCUUCAUCCAGAAGACAAUGAGAUCAUCCUGUUUGAGAAAAGCAAGAGUGGUUCAGACAUUCAAACUAUAGAUGGACCCAUGCUUUAAAUUGUCUUAUAGCAUAUUUCAUGGAUUGUUGGAGUUCAUCUACAAGCAGUGUUUCAGGAGGAAGAUUUACACCUAGAAUUUCAGACACAGUGUUGUCUACAAUAGCAAAAAUGUGAAAAAACCUAAAAAAAUCAAUAGAGAAAUUGUUAUAUGUAUGUUAUAGUAUAUCCAUAUGAUGUCUAGUUUUAGGCUUUAAAAAGUCUUCAAAUCUGCAAUGAUUGA